AUGUAUUCAAGUGAUAUUUCAUCAUCUACUAGAUUGACUUUAGAUUCAACCGUCAAGAAUGUUACUGAUACUAUAAUAGAUAUAAAAGAUUCUUUCGAUGGAUACUUUUCCACUGAAAAUAGUGGUGGUGAUGGUGGUUAUGAAUUUGAACAAUGGUGGGAUCAAAUAUUAGAUUUCAUAUCAGAUUUUUAUCAAAUUGAUAGAUCAAAGGUUCAUAUACCUAUUUCGAUGGCAUUGGAUGUAUUAAUUUGUGCUCUAGUUUUAAUGAUAAUGAGACUUUUAUGGAUUCGUUCAUUUUUUACACCAAAUCAAGCUAAUGAAAGGGUCGUCAUUAAAGAGGCAAUCAUAACACCAAAUAAUGAAAAUAUUGGUUCUGUAAGUGUAAUAGUAAAUAAGAAUCAAUUCACUCCUAUUCAACAAAGCUUAGAUCAAGUUUUAAGUCCUCAGUUUGACGCAUUCAAACCAUUAACUUGUAAUACAGAUGAAGCUCCAAUAAAAGAUAAUGAACAGAAUCAGAUCUCCUCUCCUGAACAAUGUCCAAUUCCAAACCCUUUUCUACAACCCACUUCCCAUAGGGACGAUGCUCCUUUAAUUGAUAGUCAUCGGAUAAAUUCAAAUCAAUCUCCUAUUCCUAAUUACUUUCAAUAUCCUACAAGUAAUGCAGAAGAUGCUCCUUUAAUUGAUAAUAAUCGGAUAAAUUCAAAUCAAUGUCCUAUUCCUAAUUACUUUCAACAUCCUACUUCUCCCUUAACUCAAACACCAGUUAAUAUUAGUGUUGAUCAGAAUGGUCGACCUUAUCUUAAUUCAAUUGAUGUAAAUAAUACUUUUGAAGAAAUAAAUUCAUCAACUCCACUUCUACCUCAAAUUACAACUCAAAUUACUCCAUCAAGAUCAGUGAUACCCACUUAUACCAAUCUGACAGAUAUUACACCUCAUGUUUUCUUGCUACCUCAUACUAAUAUUAAAUUAUCAGAAGAGUUGAAAACUGUAUUGAAGAAUGAUCAAACUAGAAGAAUAUUAAAUACAAGUCAAAAGCAAAAUUUAAGUUUUAAACAUAUUAAUAAUAGUACUAUUGAUAUUAUUCAAAAUCCAUUUGAAUUAAAGAGUUCAAAAGCUAAUGUUGAUGAUAUUUCUAAACCACAGACUAGUUCAAGUCAUAGAUUAGUACGUCCUCCUAUACCAUUACCUACUAUUCCUCAAACCAAAGUAACUCAAAUUCAAGUUUUAAAUCGAUAUUCAGCAUCAGGAGGAUCAAUAAAUUCAAUUAAAAUAGUGGAAGAUGGAUUAAAAAUAGAUAAUGCAGAAUAUGAAGAAUCUAUUAAUACUGUUUAUGAAAAGUUUUCUAAACGAAGAGGGUCAUCUAUUAGUACAAAGAUAUCAAAAGUAUCUAAUUCCAUUGAUAAAUUUGUUCUUGGACGUCAAAUCCUUGAUUUAUUAAGUGAUGAGACGACAAUUCGAGAUACAUUUGAUGAUUAUUUCAUUACUACUAUUGAUGAUUAUCUGUCUAUGAAUUUACAUAUUGACAUCCAACAAGCCUUUUUAGAUGCUAAAUCUAUCACUAUAGAAAUCAUUGAAGCUAGAUGUAAUAAAUUAUUUGUAUUAAAUAUACCGGGUAAUAAUGAAAUGAAUCAAAUUAAAUUUAUUGGAGAAUUAAGAUUUUUCAUUACUAAUGAAUAUAAUGGAGCUGAUGCAAAUAUUAUUAAAUUAAUUCAAAUUUAUCAUCAAUUUGUUGAUAAGAGUUUUAUAAGAUUUGUUGAAAUAUUAGAUAAUAUUAAAUAUCAAAAUAAUUCUAAAGUUAUUCAACAUUUAGUUUUAUUAUUAAGAGAUUUUAUUUCUAUAUAUGAUGCUUCAUCAGCUAUUAUUAGAGCUGAAGAUUUAACGAGAUGUUUAUCAUUAUUAUUUGAAAUCAUUGAAGUUAAUGAACCAUUAAAAGAUGUUAUUUAUAAUAGUUUAUUAUCGAUUGUGUGUUGUCUUAAUUUAAAAUCAUUUAAAGUAAGUUUUCUUCCCUUGGUGAAUCAAUUAUUUAAUACUGGAGAAAUUGAAUUUAAGAAACAAUUUGUGGCAUUAGAAUGUAUUUGUUAUUAUAUGUGUCUUAAUAAUAAUGUUAUAAUUGAAGAAUUUAAUACUACCAGAUCAUUUGAAAGUAAAAUUGAUUGUUGUGGAUAUAAGUUGAUCCAAACCAUUCAUGAAAAUGUCAAACAUAUUAAAGCUAUUAUUAAUAAUGAUAAUGAAAUAAUGGAACAAUCAUCCAUUAAUAGUCGAUCCAAGACCAAUAUGUUUAGUUUUACUUAUAAAUUGGUGGAUUUAUAUUUAGUUAUAAAUGAAGUAUUUUUAAAAUCAAAUCAAAUUCCUUCUGCUACUCAAGUUGAAUUAUUAACAAGUUAUAUUAAUGAUAUUUAUGAACAAGUGAAUGAAAUGGUUGCUUUUGAUUCCAGAACCUUAGAUCCUCCUCAAAUAAUGGAUUUUAUUAAAUAA